AUGGGUUGUCAGCUGCAAAUGCAGACAUCAGUCACAGUGCAAGAGAGUCUGUGCAUUUUCCUGCCCUGUACCAUCAGAUACCCCCAAGGCAGAUGGAAUGACUUGGAUCUAGUUUACGGCUACUGGUUCCAGGAAGGGGCCAAUAUAAACCUGGAUGCUCCAGUGGCCACAAACAACCCAAGAAGAAAAGUACAGACUGAAACUCAGGGUCGAUUCCACCUCCUCGGAGACCCCAGGAAAAACAGCUGCUCCCUGGACAUCAGAGAUGCCAGAAUGAGGGACAAUGGGUCCUACUUUUUCCACAUGGAGAGAGGAAGUAUGAGCUGGAAUUGCACAAAUGUCCAACUCUCCCUGCAUGUGACGGCCAUGUCCCAGAAACCCUACAUCAAGAUCCUGGGCUCCCUGGAGUCUGGCCGCCCCAGCACUCUGACCUGCCCUGUUCCCUGGGCUUGUGAUCGGGGCAAAGCCCCUGUAUUCACUUGGAUAGGAGCCUCCAUCCCUCCUGGAGAUUCCAAGAUCACCAACUCCUCAGUGCUCACCCUAAUCCCACGGCCUCAAGACCAUGGUACCAGCCUCACAUGUCAGGUGACCUUCCCUGGAUCAGGUGUGAUCACAAAGAAGACCAUUCUGCUCAAAGUGACCUACUCUCCACAGAAUGUGACCAUAACUGUCUUCCCAGGAAAGGACACAGUAUCCAACAUCAUAGAAAAUGGUUCAUCACUGCAUGUUGAGAAGGGCCAGUACCUGCGUCUGGUCUGUGUCGCCAGCAGCAACCCCCCCUCUAGGCUAAGCUGGGCUCGGGGAAGCCUCACUCUGAGCCCCUCGAAGCCCUCAGAUCCAGGAGUCCUGGAACUGCCCAAAGUAGAAGCUGGAGAUGGAGGAGCAUUCACCUGUGUGGUUCAGCAUCCCCUAGGCACCAAGCAUGUCUCUUUCAGCCUCUCUGUGCAGAGUAGUUCCUCUUGCUGCCGCUGUGCCUCUUGGGAGAAGGGAUACAGGGUCCUGAUAUUCACCCUGAUCAGGGGGGCCCUUAUAGGGUCUGGCUUCCUCCUUACCUUUGGCAUCACCUGGAUCUACUACACCAGGUGUAGCAACCUCUAG